GUGACGGGGUAGGGGAAAACAAUUUUGGAUAAUGAUGCUCUCAAUUCGGUGCAGAUGUCGCGUUUCUCAGGACAUUUCUCUACAUUUUCGUACCAAAGGAUGUUCAAAAUUCAGUGUGAAGUUAUUUGCGGGAGUUACUGGCGAAAAUGUACAAACAACAGACGAACGCUCCAUAGAGGAUCUGCCCGGUCCUCAUUCGGAUCUACAGGGCAUCGCUCUGGCGAAGAAAAUUUUCUUGAAUGGUCUUAAAAUCCUUUCUUUCCAACAGAAGAUAAAUGAGGCAGAUGCUGGGAAAAUCGUGUUAAAAGCUCAACUUAGGAAUGUGGAACAGUUCGGUCCAAUAUUCAGGACAAAAUUUAUGGGCCUUCGGGCUGUUGACUUUGUGAAGAUUUCAAACCCAGUCGAUGUUUCCACCGUUUUAAGAUCUGAGGGCCGAAUUCCGAUCCGACCUGAUAGUCCAGUGAUGGAAUACUACAGGAAAAAAACUAACAAACCCGCUGGAAUAAUCUUCGAUAAUGGUUUGAGCUGGUACAAGCAUCGAAAAUGUAUCAACGAACGAAUGCUCCAGCCGAGGAGUGUGGCUGAUUACGAACCUGCGUUUAAUAAGAUUGUCACAGAAUUUGUUGCUCGGCUGGAAAGACUUCGCGGUAGUCACGGCUUGGAAAAUGAAAUUCCAUCGCUGGAGGAGGAACUUUUUAAGUGGUCUUUUGAGUCAGUGUCGUUGAUGCUGUUUGACGAGAGGUUUGGUGCUCUGGAGGACCAAAUUCACCCGGAAGUGAAAGAGUUCAUUUCCGCUGUAAACAACUUUCUGCAAAGCACAGCUCACAUUGAUGUGCAACCACUGUGGCUGCACAAAAUAUUUCAAACCAAAAUGUACAAACAGUUUGCAGAAAGUUAUGAUACAUUUUAUGAAUUUACCGAUAAGGCUAUUAAAAGGAAGCUGAUGAAGUUUGCAAACCAAGGUGAGCUUUCACAACCACCUCAAGGCCAAAUUCAGAACAUCGAGUUCCUAAAAUAUCUGGUCUUGGCUUCCGAUUUGACUCAUGAAGACCUUUUAGCUACUUACGUUGAUGUAUACUUUGCUGGAGUCGACACAACAGCAACUUCAGUCCUCUGGUGUUUAUACGAGUUGGCAAAAAAUCCAGACAAACAACUAAAUUUGUAUCAGGAAAUUUCCUCAGUCCUGAAGCCCGGAGAACUCGUCACCAAUGCAACGCUGUCUAAGUUACCCUACCUAAAAGCAUGUAUUAAGGAAGUCCUCAGAUUAUAUUCAAUCUUUUUCUUAGCCAGAGUUACUGAACAGGAUUUGCUCUUGAGCGGUUACAAAAUUCCUUCUGGAACCCACGUAAUGAUUCUAAAUCAUGCAAUGUCUCUGAGUGAGCAGUAUUUUGAAGAUCCGUUGUCUUUUACACCAGAAAGGUGGCUGAGAGAAAGUAAGAAUCCAUCUGAGAGUGGAAGAAACAUCAACGCCUUUGCUUCUCUUCCAUUUGGAUUUGGAACACGAAUGUGCAUAGGCCGGAGGGUAACAGAACUAGAGCAAUGCUUAUUGCUGACAAGACUCAUACAAAAUUAUCAACUCCUUGAUGCUACUGGUGAAACAGUGGAGAAGACAACUCAUGGACUUGUUAUUAUCCCGGAUCGUCCAAUAAGAGUCCAGUUUUUGAAACGGAAAGAGUCGUCGUUAUGAAUUUUUUGGAAAAGAUGAUAAAGUUACUUUCCUUGACAGGCAAAGCUCAGUUCACAAAUUGCACUUGUUUACUCAAAUUUGUUAAUCCUUCAAGUUCCAUGAGUAACCAAGACAGAAUUUCACCUUUCAAUGUCAUUACAUGAAUAUGGAAAUGAUCCUCGCUGUAAUGAACACUACUUAAGCAGUUUUGAAAAUAAGGCCUGGAAAAAAUUUAGGCCUGUACUAUUACUUAAGUAAUGUUCAUCACCAUGAACAUCAUUCUCAUAGUCCAUUUCUCAAACUGCAUUUCACUUAACCCUUUCACCCCCACAAGUGACCAAGACAGAAUUUCUCCUUACAAUAUCAAUACAAUAUCAAGCAGGCAAGUGAUGAGAAUAGAGAAGAAUGUCGAUCAUGGGAUGAUUAGAUGAUCCAAUACCAAAUUCUCUGAACUAACAUCAUAAGAAUAGUAUGGCAGAUAGUAAGGAGAAUUACUAAUCAGAUCUUGGGAGUGAAAGAGUUAAUUAUUUGAUU